AUGAGUAGCCACACAAAGGAGAAGCCGUAUGUGUGUUUGAAGUGUGGGAAAACCUUCCGUUUGAGCUUAUCCCUCACUUCGCACCUGAGAAUACACUCAGGGGAGAAACCAUACCAGUGCACGGAGUGUGGAAAAGGCUUCAGUCAGAGCUCACACCUGACUAUACACCUAAGAAUCCACACAGGAGAGAAGCCGUAUAAAUGCUUAGAAUGUGGGAAGAGUUUCACUUGCAAGCAUUACCUUAAAACACAUGAAAGAAUCCACACAGGGGAAAAACCAUAUAAAUGUCUGGAUUGUGGGAGAAGCUUCAAUCAGAGCUCAAGCCUUAAAGGACACAGAAGACUCCACACAGGGGACACACCGUAUAAAUGCUUGGAAUGUGGGAAGAGUUACACAUGUAGGCGGAACCUUAUAUCACAUGAAAUAAUCCACACAGGGGAGAAGCCAUAUAAAUGCAUGGAAUGUGGGAGAAGCUUCACUUGCAGCUCAACCCUUACUAUGCAUCACAGAGUCCACACAGGGGAGAAGCCAUUUAAAUGCAUGGAAUGUGGGAAAAGCUUCAGUUGCAGCUCACCCCUUACUGUGCAUCAAAGAGUCCACACAGGGGAGAAGCCAUUUAAAUGCAUGGAAUGUGGGAGAAGCUUCAGUUGCAGCUCAAACCUUAAGGGACAUCAAAGAGUCCACACAGGGGAGAAGCCAUUUAAAUGCAUGGAAUGUAGGAGAAGCUUCAGUUGCAGCUCAGCCCUUUCUGUGCAUCAAAGAGUCCACACAGGGCAGAAGCCAUAUAAAUGCCUGGAUUGUGGGAAAAGCUUCAAUAAGAGCUCAAGCCUUAAGCGACAUCAAAGAGUCCACACGAGAGAAGCCAUAUAA